CUUCCACACUCUCAUCCUUUCUCGUAUUUUCACCCAAUGUUUUUCUUGCUUCGUACUUUUUGCCUCCAUCUUUAUAUUAACUUCGGAACCCCAUCUUUUUUGUGACCCUCUCAGACGCUCUCCCUUGCUCCCUCCAUCUUUGUUUUUCAUUCUAUCAUGUUUUAAUCUUCUUCAACCACCGUUAAUCCCCCUCCUUGGGAGCUGUAAAGAACCCGCCUUACUCCCGGGUGGCCACCGUUGGCCUGAUAUUCUCCAGUCAUGUCCACUCCACUGGUUGGCAACUUUACAACCAACAAUGACCGGACGCGUCAAACCACUGGCGCUAGUCUUGACCGCAGCGACUACGACCAGCAUGCCUUGGAUCCUUCUUUGUCUCACGACGGCGGCCCAGUUAUCGACGAAAGCGAUCAAGUAGAUCGCCAGGUUCUAAAACUUGCCAGAGAAUAUUCAAACGCCUCUAGUUCCCAUGGCAUUGCCCACGUUUUUGACCCAAGUUCUCAGGGUUCUCAGAUUGACCCUGAGUCUGAUGAUUUCAAUUCCCGCGCCUGGACCAAAGCCAUGUUGCGUUUACAGAAACAGUCUGGCCAGGAGAAUAUCGGUCGUACCGCAGGCUUUUCUUUUCGUAAUCUCUCCGCCUAUGGCUACUCACAAGGCAGUGAUUUCCAGAAGACUGUCGAUAACUACAUCCUUGCCGGUGCCGAUCUGCUACGACGUAUAACCGGCAACAAGGGCCAACGUGUUGACAUUCUCCGCAACUUUGAGGGUCUCGUCAAUCAAGGAGAAAUGUUGGUAGUCCUGGGUCCUCCAGGAUCAGGUUGUUCCACAUUUCUAAAAACAAUUGCCGGUGAAACCCAUGGUUUUCACCUGGGAGGCGAGUCUUAUAUCAACUACCAAGGUAUUAGCUACAACCAGAUGCACAAGGAUUUCCGCGGCGAGGCCAUCUACACAGCUGAACAAGAUAUCCAUUUCCCCAUGUUGACCGUUGCCGACACCCUGUUGUUCGCCGCCCGCGCCCGCACUCCCCAGAAUCUCAAGCUGCCCGAAGGUAUCACUAAACUAAAGUAUGCACAGCAUCUGCGCGAUGUCGUCAUGGCAACCUUUGGCAUAAGGCAUACCUUCAACACAAAGGUCGGCAACGACUUUGUUCGUGGUGUCAGUGGUGGUGAGAGAAAGAGAGUCUCCAUCGCCGAAGCUGCACUGAGCGGCGCUCCACUCCAGUGCUGGGACAACAGCACGAGAGGUCUCGACUCGGCUAAUGCCAUUGAAUUCUGUAAAACCCUCCGCACAUCCACUGACCUGAAUGAGACCACGGCUGCUGUCGCCAUCUACCAAGCUCCCCAGUCUGCCUAUGACUACUUCGACAAGGUCAUUGUCAUCUACCAAGGCCGUCAGAUCUACUUUGGUCGCACCACCGAUGCUCAGCGUUAUUUUGAGAACCUCGGAUUCGAAUGUCCUAAGCGCCAGACAGCCCCGGACUUUCUCACCUCCAUGACCAAUCCAAUUGAAAGAGUCGUCAAAAAGGGCUUCGAGUCUCUCGUGCCAAGAACCCCCGACGAAUUCGCCCAACGAUGGCAGAACAGUGAAGAACGCAAAGCUCUUCUCCAAGACAUUGACAAUUUUGACAAGGCUUAUCCUAUCGGCGGCCCCAGCCUCCAGGCGUUCCAAGCCUCCCGCCGCAUUCAUCAAUCAAAGUCCCAACGCAAGUCUUCUCCAUACACUUUGUCCUAUGGCAGUCAAAUCAGCCUAUGCCUUGGCCGUGGCUUCAAGCGUCUAAUGGACGACCCUUCCAUCACUCUAACUCAGCUCAUCGGGAACUGUAUCAAUGCCCUCGUCGUCUCUUCGCUCUUUUAUAAUUUACCCACCACUAGCGACUCGCUCCGAGCCCGCAGUUCGCUGCUGUUCUUUGCCGUCCUCCUGAACGCCUUUGGCAGUGCUCUCGAGAUCCUGACCCUCUACGCACAACGGCCUAUAGUGGAAAAACACGAAAGAUAUGCCUUGUAUCACCCCUCGGCCGAGGCCUUUGCCUCUAUGUUGACCGACAUCCCGUCAAAGACUCUCAACGCCAUUGGUUUCAACCUCAUCCUGUAUUUCAUGACUAACCUGCGCCGUGAGCCUGGCGCAUUCUUCUUCUUCCUCUUCACCUCCUAUGUCCUCGUCUUGACAAUGAGCAUGUUGUUUCGGUGUAUUGCCUCACUUUCCCGUUCGUUGAUCCAGGCAUUGGUCCCAACAGCGGUGCUCAUGAUUGCCAUCGUCGUCUACACAGGGUUCGUGAUUCCCGUCAAUUACAUGCAAGGAUGGGCUCGAUGGAUCAAUUACGUCAAUCCCACAGCAUACGGGUUCGAAAGCCUGAUGGUCAACGAGUUUUCUGGUCAGAACUACACUUGUUCAUCAUACAUCCCCCCGGCACCACAAUUCGGUGAUGGCACCACCACAAGUCAAAUUUGUACCGUCGUCGGCGCCGUUGCUGGCCAGACAACCGUCAACGGGGAUGACUACAUCGAGAUCUCCUACCAAUACUCGGCAGCAAACAAAUGGCGUAAUAUUGGCAUUCUCUUUGCAUUUAUGAUCGGCAUGCUGGGCAUUUACCUCGCCGCCACCGAGACAAUCUCGGCCAAAAAGUCAAAGGGUGAAAUCCUUCUUUUCCGUAGAGGUCACAAGCCGGCGUUCCUCAACGAAAAAGUCUCCGACUCCGAGUCUGGAGGCUCAGAUACCAACCUUGCAUUGGAACGAAGGCAAACAAAAGACGAACAAUUGACCCGCCAAGUAUCAGCAGUCAUCCAGAAGCAAACCGCAAUCUUUCAAUGGAAAGACGUGUGCUACGAUAUCAAGAUCAAGGGUAAGCCUCGAAGGAUUCUCGACCAUGUGGACGGCUGGGUCAAACCAGGAACUAUGACUGCUCUGAUGGGCGUAUCUGGUGCUGGAAAAACAACUCUCCUCGACUGUUUGGCUACACGCGUCACCAUGGGUGUCAUCACCGGUGAAAUGCUCGUUGAUGGCAGGCAAAGGGACGAAUCGUUUCAGCGAAAGACUGGUUACGUCCAGCAGCAAGAUUUGCACCUCGAGACAACGACCGUGCGUGAGGCGUUGAAGUUCAGUGCCUUGUUGAGACAAUCGCGAGAUACACCUCGAGCCGAGAAAAUUGCCUACGUUGAAGAAGUCAUCAAACUCUUGGAUAUGCAGGAAUAUGCCGAUGCGGUAGUCGGCGUUCCGGGCGAAGGUCUGAAUGUCGAACAGCGAAAGAGACUCACCAUCGGGGUGGAGCUCGCCGCUCGACCGCAGCUAUUGUUAUUCCUUGAUGAGCCAACGUCUGGACUGGAUUCACAGACUUCUUGGUCUAUCCUGAACCUCCUCGAGAAACUUACCCGUGCAGGCCAGGCCAUUCUCUGUACUAUCCACCAGCCCUCUGCCAUUCUCUUUCAACGUUUUGAUCGCUUGCUAUUUUUGGCUGCUGGCGGGAAAACUGUCUACUUUGGUCCUGUCGGCCACGACUCCAACAUCCUUAUAGACUACUUCCAACGAAACGGCGCAUUUGAGUGUCCUCCGGGCGCCAACCCUGCCGAGUAUAUGCUUGAGGCUAUCGGUGCUGCCCCCGGCUCUCAUAGUGACAUCGACUGGCACCAAGUCUGGCGAUCUUCUCCCGAGUACCAAGAAGUGCAAGCCGAACUUGAGCAGAUGAAGGAAGAGCGGUCUCAGAUUGAAUCCCCCGCCACCUCCCAGAAGUCCGAUUAUUACGAGUUUGCCGCACCAUUUUAUUUGCAAUUCUGGGAGACACAGAAACGGAUCUUCGAGCAAUAUUGGCGUACUCCCGAGUACAUCUAUUCCAAGAUGCUCCUCUGCUGCUUGGUCGGUCUUUUCAUUGGAUUUUCGCUCUUCAAGGCGCCAAAUACCCUUCAAGGGCUGAACAAUCAGCUAUUUGGCAUCUUCAUGCUGCUCAUCCUCUUCUCACAGCUUGUUCAGCAGAUCAUGCCCUUGUUCGUCACGCAAAGAAGCUUGUAUGAAGCCCGGGAACGACCAUCCAAAACCUACUCGUGGAAGGCAUUCAUGCUCUCUAAUGUUCUUGUCGAGUUGCCCUGGGCCACGCUCGGCGCAGUUGUACUGUUCUUCUGUUGGUAUUACCCUCUUGGCUUGUACGAAAAUGCCACCUAUACGGAUUCGGUCACCUCACGUGGGGCUUUGCAAUUCCUCUUCCUAUGGGAGUUCAUUCUCUUCAGCAGUACAUUUUCGCAUCUGAUGAUUGCGGGCAUUGCUACAGCUGAAGCAGCCUCCAACCUGGCCAAUGUGCUGUUCUCGCUCUGCAUCCUAUUUUGUGGUGUCCUAGUCGGCCCCGAUGCCAUGCCUGGGUUCUGGAUCUUUAUGUAUCGGGUAAGCCCAUUCACCUAUCUUGUCGAGGGACUUUUGGGCAAUGGUGUCGCUCAGGCCCCGGUGGUGUGCUCUGCGAGCGAGUACUCCCGGUUUGAUGCACCGUCUGGCAUGGAUUGCGGAGAGUAUCUCCAGGAGUACCUCGCUGUCGCGGGGGGGUAUUUGCAAGACCCCAAUUCAACAACCUGUCAGCUUUGUGCGAUAGACAACACAGAUACAUUCUUGGCUCUGGUCAACAUCUCGUUUGGAAAUCGGUGGAGAAAUUUUGGGAUCCUUUUUGUCUACAUCAUUUUCAACGUGUUUGCCGCCACCGCCAUCUAUUGGCUCGCACGAGUGCCAAAGGGCAAAAAGUAUGCCGGUAAAGAUAGGGAUGGGAAGCUAGCAUUGGUCAAAACGGAAACAAAUAGCGACAAUGUGGCAAAGAGCAGCCAGGACGGCUUUGAAAAGAGCAUCGUGGAGGAUAACAAGCCCCGGAGGAGCGCGGAAGGAGUACUGGCGUCCGAGAAGGAAGGCAGGUCAAGUCGUGAUAAUCCCGUGUUAGGGGAUACAAAACCUUCCCUUACAGACAAGCAUCUGGAGGAGAGCAUGAACGGAGGUAGCGGGUCUGCCACAAGUGGUCCUCCCUUGGCUGCCGAGGGUGACCGCCCGGAGCCCAAACGGUUUGUGACUGCCCAGGAGUUUUGAGAUGAUUGUUGUUUGGCCGUGUUUAUGGCCUCAAUGAAGUCCGUAUCUGUUGAUAGAUGGAUAGAUGGAUAGAUGGAUAGAUGUCUAAUGUACAAAC